GAUCCUUCAACGUGCGAUCGACAUCGGCCCCCAGAAUUCAUCUCGACAGAAAUGAAUUUGCUGGGCAUCGCGAUUAUGUCUAACAGCCUUACCGGGUUCAGGACUCCAGCAACCAUCGUGAUCUCACCACCAAAGUCCCUUUCGCGUCAACCUUCUUCAACUUAAAUAAGAUGUUGCUACUCCUCAUCCUCAACUACCACAAACCAAGACAGUCUCAAGCGCAAACCAUCACACUCUUUCUCAGGACGACAGUCCUUGCUUUCUCUCUUUCAUUAGCCUGAUAUGCCACGAUUCAGAAACCAAUCAUGAAGACUUCUGCCACUCUUUUGGCCUUUGUGGCCGCUUCCAAUGCCUCGCCUCUUGGUCUCUCCGUCAAGCGGGAUGCCUUUGAUAGCAAGGAUGCCAUGUGCAAAGGAUGGGAUCUCACAACUCCCGAGGGCGCUGACAAGCUCUGGGAAGAUACCUACGCCGGAGCAUCUCUUGACCUCUUCAUCAAGUCUCAGUGGGAACACGAGAACUCUUGGGUGAAGAACCUCGAAGACUUGGUCUCAGGUGGCACAUCGGGCAAGUCCGGUGCUGCCGGCUGCUCGGCUCUUGGAAACGAGUGCAAGCCGUUGAACGACAUGACCUGCGAUGCGCAAUACGACGCAUACGGCAAGACCCCUAUUGGCAAGAACUCCUACUGGAUCUUCCAGGCGGUCAAGGGCAUGCAUGCCAAGUUCAACGAGCUGAAUCGCCAGCUCACUAAGGAGACUCUCAUCAGCGGACUGCAGAUUGGUCAGAUGGUGACCGACUUCCAAGGAAACCAGGACGACCCUGGCGACGUCCUUGGCUGGCUUUCAGCCGCCGCUUCCAUGGGUGGUGCUAUCGGUGGUCUGGUUCCUGGAGCUGGAACUGCCAUCGCUGGUGGCUUCGGCAUGCUCAGCGGCAUCUUCUCCGGACUGGCUGCCUCUAACAGCGCCGACGAGAUCGAUCAAGGCUCAAUUUCGGCCGCCCUGGCUGACGCUUUCAAGCAAGCCACCGGUGCCCUUGAGAACACACUUCGCAUCGCCACCGGCGGCGGCACCAGCCAGGCGGAGUACGACUCGCUCCCGGCCCCCAAGUGGGACACCUUCCAGAGCAAGAUCACAAAGUUCUACAAUGGCGGCUGGUUCCUCGUCGACGACGACGAGCAGGCCGUCACUGUCGCCCUCCAGUCCAUCAGCAACAACAUCAAGCCCAAGGUCGCCAACGACGUCAUGAGCGCCGCCAAACUCUACCUUGUGGCUGAUAGGCGCGAUGAGGUCAAGUCUCGCGAGACCUGCGGAUAUGCCACAGGACGGCAGUGGAUGGCGUUGCGGGAUGGCGAGGAGUACUGCUUCUACAUCAUGCGCAACAACCCCAACCCGGGCCCUGACAACGACUGGGUCGAGGUUGAGACCGAUAUCUAUGACAAGAUGGCCUCUUACGGACUCGGCAACCGUGAUCCGUACUACCGCGCCAUCAUUGACUGCGCGCUCAACGGUGGAGAUGACAAGGAUAAGGUUGACUUGAGCAACUUGGCUUGGGGCAAGGUCCCUACGUGCUACUUCAACCUGCCUGCAAUGUUCAUCGACAAGGACACCAAGACUGGCUGCGGAAGCCCUUUUGACAGUGCGGACUGCAACUACAUCGCUGCCACCCCGAUCUCUUAGAUGAACUUGGCGAUAGUCCCUGUCUUUCUCCUUCCCAGAUACCAAAUUUUGCCUCAUCGUGUACUACCUUAGCCUUCCAACACUGUAUAUAUAUGUUACUUAUUGCCUUAAUUCAACAACUGCC